ACAAAAAAGAAGUCACAACACAUGUGCUACACAUUCUGUACAACUAGCAAAGCUUGACUUUUUCGCAGCAAUAUCCUUGCAGAAUUAUUUUUUAAAACUAAGACAUGACGAAGGCGAAAAAGGAGAAGUCGGCUCCCGUCGAGGAGGUCGAAGCGGCCGCCAGUAACGGGAGAUCUUACCAGGAUUUAAUCGCCAACGUGAACGCCAUCGCACAGCCGCUCGCUACCAGAAAGCUCAGCAAAAAACUCUACAAAUGCGUCAAAAAGGCUUCCAAAUUAAAGAACAUCCGCAGAGGGGUGAAAGAAGUUCAGAAGUUCAUUGGAAAGGGGGAGAAAGGAAUCGUGCUCUUAGCAGGUGACACGCUGCCCAUUGAAGUCUACUGCCACCUACCCAUCAUGUGUGAAGACAGAAACCUACCGUAUGCUUACAUACCCUCCAAAGUGGAUCUGGGUGCGUCGGCAGGCUCCAAGAGGCCCACCUGCGUGAUCCUGAUCAAACCUCACGAAGACUAUCAAGAGGCAUACGACGAAUGCCUCGAAGAAGUGACUAACAUGCCUAAACCGCUAUGAGCUCAUACGCACAACAGAAAUAUUACACCUAACAGGAGUUUUGAUAUGAUAGGACUUUUAAUUUUACAGUCAAAUAGGUGGUACCUUUUUUAUUUUGUACUUUUGUUCAUGUAUUGAAACUGAAUAUAUUGUAUUUUUUAUUUGCAUAUACCGAAACUUGUUCGUUUCGCAAGACAACACCUAGUACAAUUGAAAUUCAUAUUAAGAAAAAAAAAGUUGUUUAAAGUAUUUAAGUAUGCAAAUGACACAUUUCAUAGAAAUCUGAUGGACAAAAUCUGUUUGUUUAAAAAAAAAAAAAAAAAAAUUUUUUUUUAGUUCCAUUGAGGACGAUAGACGUCCAAUCCAUGUGAACUGAAUUGGACGUCUAGUGGGGUCAGUGGUAACCAGUGAGUUCAACAGUGACUGUUUAUGGGCGCAUCCAUUUUGAGAUGUCAGUUAUACCCACACAAAUGCACACGUCAAUGUGACAACGUGUAUAAGGGAGGGCAGGUAAUUUGGGUUUGUUGCAUUUGAUUAGCUAAAAUAGCACAGGCAUUGAUAAAAUGUAUCACCAAUGUCCAGUGGCCAAAUCCUUGAAAUACUGGCUUUGAAAUGAUUUUUUUUUUUUUUUUUUCCAAUUUAUUGAACAAAAUUCUUUACGCUGGAUUGGAGCUGGCAUUUAACAUCAUUGUGUUCUGUACCAAGAUGUUAAAUAUGGAUCAAGUGUGCUGAAAUGCUACUGGAUUUAAUUAAAAAAAAAAUCUUAACUGGAUUUAUGUCAUUUUGAUUAUUAUGUAUGGUUUCUGUUGCCUGUUUAAGUACUGUUAUCGUCUAUUUGCAGUUAACUGAAUGAUUCUUUGGUUUACGAUGAAAAGGAAAAGCUCUAGUACUAUUUGUGUUCAUUACAUUGUAAAAAGUAAGUUUUAACUUUUAAUUCAUCGGCUGACAUUGAUAGCGAUAGACGUUCAAUCCAUUUUAACUGAGGGCUGACGACCCACCAAAUUAGAUUGGACGUCUUUUGCCGUCAAUUUCAGUGAGACAAUCAAUAGUAUCCUUUCCAGUUAUAAUCUUGAGAUUCUGCCCAUGUGACAAAUGGUUUAAAUAAAGCCUACUGUAAAAAUAACUUUU